GGUCAUGUUGACAUUGAGAUGCUAUUGUCUCAGCUCCCCUCCUCACCAUGCUCCUUCGACUCUACUGUGACCAGUCCUGAUAACCUUGAUGACACCUGCUCAUGGGACAAGGACCGGAGUAGCAAAGAAUUUGGUGGGUGGGUGGUGUCUGGGCCACGUAAACGAAAGAACAGAUCCAAAGAACAUCUGAGUUCCGGAAUAUAUGAUGAGACUAAAACAAAGCCAGAUAAAAGCAGCUCGAAACUGCAAACGAGUAAUAUUUACUACAAACGAUACAGGGUUGAUCCCUUGGAAGGUACCUUUAAACACCACCAGAAUAUUGAGCAGUACAUGCAGUUGUACAGGGAGACUACCACACUCUGCUUCAAACAGAAGACACUUAACGAACUUACUGCUAUGUACAGUACUGCUCUCGAUAUCAAUAGCGAUAAAGGACACACAAUCAACGGUUACACGUACAAUCUCGACCCUGAUGUAGUGAGUAAAUGGGACGGGACCUGUCAUAUGGAGGAGUAUAUCAGCCACCCCCUCACUAUACCACCCAUUACAUCUCGUUCAGAGGGAGGUGUACCACUAAUGUUACUUCCUACUGCUCCUUCUAUACCACACAGAAUACAGCAUAACACCCAUACCAACCAGCAGAUGAGUUCCCAAAGCCCGAUAGCUCAAGCAUCGUUCAUGUGCAACGCUUACAUGAACAAAAACGUAGUCUGUCCUGUUCACAGGCUGAUACAUAGAAAAAGCAGUCUACUGAUAAAUAACGGUCGAGUAAGAUCCCAGAUGGAGUUGAGCAGCAGUCCAGACGAACAUAUUAAAGUAACACUACCAGGCAUUCCUAAACGAAGGUACAAUAGUCAGGUAAAACGACUGAAAGCUCUCAGAGAAUCCCAUCCAAUCAUAGGGCUUCAAGAAAGCAGUUCACAGCCUCCAAACACUCCUGAGGGUUCCACACCUCAGCUCUCCUCACCUUCUGUAAGAGACGAGGGAGAAGAGGAGGCAGACGAGAGGAUAAACCAGCUCCUCAACACUGCGAGGAGUCCUUCUAAUCCCUGUGAUCGGAUAAGUAAAGUGUUACAGCAGCAACAGCAGCAGCUGAGACGUCCGGUGCCCUCUAUGCAGCUACCUGUAACUGCAUUGUUACAGUACAACCCUGAUUCUAACAGCAUCUCUAAGUCUAGACAUGUAAAAAAGCCCUUGGUUUUAAGAAGCCACUCUAGAGCUCUUCAAUCGAAGAAGAAAUCCAAAGAUACGCCCAAACCGAAACCUGACGUGAAACAGCUGAAGAACUACGAGAAAGAGUACGAGAGGUUCUUCGGUGACGUGUUGGAGUCUAAAGGGCGCACCAGACAAAGGAAACACUUUCAGAGCAUGUCUUGCAAACUGAAUAGUAAAAAGGCAUUGUCCUGAUACAAUAUAAUGUAGUAAGUAUAUGUAAUGGGUAGUAAGAUAUCGAGAUAUAGGUUUUGUGGGCUUUUGAUGGGAGUCUGCUUUAUCAACUGAAAAUCUUAGCUCGAUUUUAUAAUCCAUCAGAUAAUCUACUGUAAGCUCGUACAGUUGCAAUUCAAAAGUGCAAUGAAACUUUAAAACGAUUGAGUUAAGCAAACUUAUAUUUGCAUGGAUCUCAUUCUGUAAUGAUAUUACCAAUAAUAUUAAUACAAAUAUUAUCUGUCAACAAAACGUCUCUUCGAUUUAUACAUGCCUCGCAAAAUGAGACAGGGAUUUUAUUUUUCUUAUUGUAUUUGAGAGUUUAGUUUAGUUGUGUUUAAUUUUAGAAAUUGCUAUAAAUCAUUGGAAUUGUUCUGCUGGUU